GCUGAAGGUAAAUGAGAGUCAGUUCAGGUAUUGGACUCUCCUAGUGCCUCAAAUGUAGGUAAAUAUUACUAUUGUAUGUACAAGAAGGGUCUUUGGUUUUUUUUGGAUGGAGUCAAAGUUCAAUGUUUUGUUUAUUUACUUGAUAUGCAACUGUGCAAAACCGAACUGCCUUUGUGACAAUGUAAAUAUUCAAAACGAUUUUCAUGAAUAAAGUAUAUUUUUGGAAAUAAAACAUAGUGGUGGUGAGUUAAAGGGAUUCAGAGGGGUUCAGUGAGCUCUGGGCGGUACCUGUUCCUGGGGUCGGGGUUGUUGCCCGGACGGAUGAGUGUGUGGGGUCUCGCCUCCCCAGCCAAUGGGAGGAGCGGACCUGUUGCCCGGUGAAGAUGGCGCUGGCGGUCAGGCGGUGCCGCUUCGCUCUGUCCUGGGCUCACAGGCAGCCCGGCCUCGGCCCAGGCCCCAUGGCCGUCUCGGUCCCCGUGCCGCGGUGCCUGGCUCCGCCCGGGCCUCGUCCCUGGGCCCGGCGGUACAGCACUGAGCCGGGACCGGGGCGCCAGCCGCGGCCCAAGAAGGUGGUGGUGGUCGGGAUCCCCAACCCGUUCAUCUGGGCCCGCACCAAGAUGUACUUCUUCCUGAUCAGAGCCUAUUUCGAUCAGGACUUCACCUUCGAGGAGUUUUCCGCCGGUGCCAGGCAGGCCUUUUCACAAGUGUCAAAGAUGCUUUCAGAGUGCAAUUUUGAUGCCUUGAAGAAUCUUGUAUCAAAAGAGGCUUUGGAGGAGGUGGAAGAAAAAUGUUUAGCUAUGCCUGUUAACCGCAGGGAGGCCUUAGCUGCUGAAUUGGAUGAAAUUAUGUAUAGCACACCAGGCGAUGUUGGAAUUUAUUAUGAUAACCAAGGUAGAAAGUUUGUCAGUAUAAUAAUGCGAUACUGGUACCUGACUGAUGUUGACCUUCCUGAUGAGACACCUGAGGGAACAAAAGUGUUUCAAGUUGUCUUUGGUGAUGAAAGCAGUAAAGACAGCUUACGCCUUCUCACAGCCAACUAUGAGUUUCGGCGUGAAUUUACACAAGGUGUGGAACCAGAUUGGAUCGUCACAAGGAUACAGCAUUUCAAAUUAUUGGAGUAAUUCUGCUGAAAAUCUUACUAUAAGGAUGUUACUGCAUAAUUCACAGCCAACAAAGACGACCUGCAAGACUGAGCCCUUUUGAGCUGUAAUUUUUUUAAUUCUAUAAAAUUCAAGCAUCAAAUUAGAUGCUGAUAUUACAUGAAAGACAUUUGCAAUGUUUAACUAUUGUGAAUGAUACCUCGAUUGUAAUUGAUUUUGUCACCACAGAAUUGCAAAGUCUUCAUGACUUUUUUUGAAAAAAAUAUUAUGCUUAUGGUGGAUCUCCUGGUAUCUCUUCCAAUGCGUUUGAUUUGGUAUUCUCAGCAGAGAGGUGUAAGUGGACCUGGAUAAUGGCUGUCUUCUGGAACUUGCAACAUAAGUGUCACUACAAAAUUGCAGCAAAUAUGCAAACACUCCUUAAAGGUGUGCAAUGAUGGAGUUGGAGGGAGAGGGAUAGAAAGUGAAUAUUGAUGUGUUGCUUCCUGUCGAAUGUCCAACAAUCGAAGUUAAUAAGCAUAUUCCAGUAAACCCAAAUACAUGUAAUUUCUUGAACAUUAUAGUAAGGUAAUUACAAAUGUAGGAAGUUAACCCAUCUUAUUUCAAAGAAUACCCUGGAGUUUCCUGUGACAGAAUUCAAUUGGUUUUUAAAUGUAAACAGAAAUCCUAUGCAUCACUCUACCUUAAAUUUACCUGCGAGACAUACUUUGAUAUUGAUUCUAAAACUGCCUUUCAUAUUAUUGAUGUACAUCCUCACUGCCUCACCCCAAGUCCUAGUCAAGCAAUUUUAUUUUUUGGGAGUUGCUUAAUUCUUGGCCUUAUCAAUUUUUCUCUGCAUUCCCUCCAGGUUUUGAAUAUAUCCAUUAUGUUGUACAGACCACAACUAGACACAGUGAUCAAGCUAUGACCAAAGCAUGAUAUAAUCUGAGCCACGAUUCCCCCAUUAUUCCAUUGUGUUUUUCUCUUUUCUGU